AUGAUGGGUACAGUAUCGUGCUUCUUCGUGUUUUUGCCACACGACAAAUCCUGGAAAACUCCAAUGUUGAAAAUGAAAACCCUAAAUCCAAUCCCAAAUUUCAAUUUUUGUCUCUCUUUGAAAUGCCACUAUUCAACUUCACAACAAAACCAAUUCACAAUUUCAUAUCUCGUUACCAAUUUGGGCUUCUCAUUAGAAACCGCUACAAGAGCUUCCAAAAGCGUUCGUUUCAAGACUUCCGAAAAGCCUGAUACAGUAAUCGCCACCUUCAGAAACUUCGGUUUCUCCGAUUCUCAGAUAAGCUACGUCGUUAGUAAAGCGCCCGACAUUCUUACAUGUAACCCCUACAAAAGGAUUUUGCCAAAGUUUGAAUUUUUAUUCUCAAAAGGUGCUUCAAAUUCUGAUGUAGUGGAGAUUGUGGUCAGAAGCCCUAGAAUUCUAUAUGCAAGUCUUGACAAUCGCAUAAUCCCUACUUUUGAAUGGGUAAGAAGGUUCUUUUCAUCUGAUGAUGAAGUUAUUCAAUACCUACUUAAAUAUAGAUGUUUCUAUGGUUAUGAUAGUGUUGCUAAUAAUGUCAAGUUGUUGCUUGAUCAUGGAGUCACUGAGUCAAAUAUAAGACAUUUGUUACUUAGAAGUCCCUCUAUAUUAUCUUGUUAUGACCUAAGGAAGCCUAUGAAUAGGGUUAAGGAAAUGGGAUCUAAUGAUCCUUCCAAUGUAAAUGUUUCUAAAGCAUUGUUAGGCAUAAGGUCCAUGACGAAAUCCCAAGUUUUUGUCUAUAAGAAAUGGGGUUGGUCUGAUGAAAUGGUUCUUGAAGCAUUUAGGAAGCGACCCGUGUCUAUGCUAUCAUCCGAAGAUAAAAUUAACAAGGUCAUGAGUUUUUGGGUGAAUGAGUUGGGUUGGAACUCUUCGGCUCUUGUCAAAAGGGUCGAAAUUUUUUCGUAUAGUUUGGAAAAUAGGAUCAUUCCCAGGGGUUGUGUUAUUUCAUAUCUCAUCUCCAAAGGUUUGAUAGAAAAGAAUGUUGAAUUGUCUACCCCAUUUGCUGUUAGUGAAAAGAUGUUUCUUGAAAUGUAUGUGCAACGUUUUAAAGAGGAAAGACAUAAUUUGUUAAAGCUAUACCAGGAGAAAAUGGAUGGUGGUAAGAAAAUCAAAGAAAAUGCUGAAGUGUCUGUAAGCUAUUGA